AUGGAAAACAAGCUAAUGAAACAUACUCAUACAUUCAUAUCCAAUUCACACCCACCUUCCCUAUCCAUACACAAAGACUCCAAAACAAUAUCAAAAACCAAACCCAAGAUUCGUAUAAUUCACAUAUUUGCACCCGAGAUCAUCAAGACCGAUGUUGAGAACUUCAGGGAGCUUGUGCAAAAGUUAACUGGGAAACCAAGUGGAGAAAAAUAUUGCAAGAAGAAGCCAAGAGAGGAAGAAUCAAGGAGCAAUAGUAGUGGUAGUGGCAUGUCUGAGAAUCCCAGAAUGAUCACAAAGAAAAUGGAGCUGAGAAAUGGUGGGUUUUGGGGGUUGGAUCAAACAAAAGAGAGAGUCAAAGAAGAAGAAGGAGUUUGUAGUGAUGAAAGUUCUGGUGGGUACUUAGGAGGGUUCUCGGAUUUGGAUGGGUUUAUUUCUGAGUUUGGUGAAUUUCCAUUGCUUCCCUUGGAUGGCACUCACAUGCAAGGGUUUUGA